UUGCAGGACUUGUCAUUUACUGUUGAACCUGGCGAGACCGUGGCACUCGUAGGACCAUCUGGCUCUGGAAAGUCAUCUUGCAUAGCUCUGCUAGAGAACUUUUAUCAACCAAAUGCUGGUCAAGUGCUUGUAGAUGGUGUGCCGUUGGAAGAUUAUGAACAUCACUACAUUCACAGAAAGAUCGCACUCGUCGGGCAGGAACCUGUACUUUUUGCCCGAUCAGUCACUGAGAACAUUCGCUAUGGCGUCGAUGUCAUGGAAGCGGACGUGGUCAACGCCGCUGAGAUGGCAAAUGCACACGGUUUUAUCAUGCAGACCACCCACAAAUAUGAGACGAAUGUUGGCGAAAAAGGAAGUCAGAUGUCUGGUGGACAAAAGCAAAGGAUUGCGAUAGCAAGGGCGCUGGUGAGGGAGCCUGCUAUACUUCUACUUGAUGAAGCUACGUCAGCUUUAGACACGGAAUCGGAGCAUCUCGUACAGGUAAAUAUACCAAAAAAUCAGCUUGUUAAGCAAACAAAGGGGUUUUACAAAUUUUUCAACUUACCACCUACAUAG